AUGUAAAAAGAAUCAUUUAAAAAGCAAUAUUCAAAAGAAUAAAGGCUUAAAGAAAGCGAGAAUAUUCUGAAACAUUAUUAAGAUAGAGUUCCUAUCAUUAUUGAAAAAGACAAAAAUUCACGUCUUCCUGAUUUAGAUGUUUAGAAGUUUAAUUUUAACUAAUUUAGAUACCUUUUUCUUUCAAACUUUCGAGUAUUUUAAUUGAAUACUUUAAUAAGAAGUAAAUUAAAUCUAAACAAAGCUGAAGCAGUUUACUUAUUUGUAAAUAGUAAAGUUGCAUUGAGAGGAGGUAUAAUUAAAUGUUAUUAGAUAUGAGUAUAAAAGAAGUUUACGAUAAAUACUAAGAUGAUGAUAAAUUCCUUUACAUAUAAUAUUGCGAAUACAAUACAUUUGGGUUUUGAAUUGAGAAUUUAGAUUUAUG